ACGCGCGGACGACUACAUUUACGGGAUCUCCAGGCGGCCCAGAGUUGUGGCUUACAGAGGAGAUGAAAUGUGGUCUGAGGGACGAUAUGACUAUGAAAGACUUCCAAGAGAAAGAGUGCCUCCUCGAAGUCACCCCAGUGAUGGCUACCGUAGAGUAGUUAAUGUUGUGCCAAAGAAACCACCACUGCUAGACAGACCUGGUGAAGGAAGCUACAAUAGAUAUUACAGUCAUGUUGAUUACCGAGACUAUGACGAGGGCCGCAGUUUUUCUCAUGAUCGAAGAAGUGGUCCACCUCACAGAGGAGAUGAAUCUGGCUAUAGGUGGACGAGAGAUGAUCAUUCUGCAAGCCGACAGCCUGAAUACAGGGACAUGAGAGACAGCUUUAGAAGAAAAAAUUUCUACUCCUCCCAUUAUGUGAGAGACCGGUCACCUCAUAAAAGAGACACUCCUAUUUUCAGAGAAUCACCCGUAGGCCGAAAGGAUUCUCCACACAGCAGAUCUGGCUCCAGUGUCAGCAGUAGAAGUUACUCUCCAGAAAGAAGCAAAACUUAUUCUUUCCAUCAGCCUCAACAUAGAAAGUCCGUGCGUACUGGUGCCUGCUACAAACGGCAGAACGAAGGAAAGCCAGAAAGAGGUAAGGAAAGACCUGUUCAGCCUUUGAAAACAUCAAGAGACACUUCACCCUCAAGUUCUUCAGCAGUUCCUUCAUCAAAGGUAUUAGAAAAACCCAGUAGGCUAACUGAAAAGGAACUUGCUGAAGCUGCAAGCAAGUGGGCUGCUGAAAAGCUAGAGAAGGCAGAUGAAAGUAACUUACCUGAAAUUUCGGAGUAUGAGGCGGGAUCCACAGCACCAUUGUUCAUUGACCAUCCAGUAGAACCUGAGUCAAAUGCAACAGAUGGCAUGGAAUUGUUCGAAGACAGGCAGCUAACCAGUCGCUCUAAAGCAAUAGCAACAAAAACCAAAGAGAUUGAACAGGUUUACCGACAAGACUGUGAAACUUUUGGGAUGGUUGUGAAAAUGCUGAUUGAAAAAGAUCCUUCGCUAGAAAAGUCUAUACAGUUUGCAUUGAGACAGAAUUUACAUGAAAUCGGUGAGCGGUGUGUUGAAGAACUCAAGCAUUUUAUUGCAGAGUAUGACACCUCUAGUCAAGAUUUUGGAGAGCCGUUUUAGAUUGCUUUCUCAGGCAAAAAAAAAUUUCUAAAUUUUUUUCCCCCUGGAUUGUGUAAAUCCUUAAUAUAUGGAAUUUUUGUGAAGAGAAAUACUUUAUGAUAGUUGACCAUAUUUCCAAUAUCAAAUAAACAUCUAAAAUAGUCUGAUAUUUUAAUUAGAAUUUUUUAAUCUACAUGUAGAGCCUUCUAAUCCAUACUUAUCUAUUUUUCCCCCUAUCCUAAAACAAUGGGUCAAUUGAUUUUUCAAGCUUUCUUGAAAAUGCAGUCCAAGAUUUCUGUACUUACAGGACAUGUCCUAUAGUCUUCCAUUGUUACGUGAUCAUUUAUUUGGUCACACUAGUGUAAUUUAUAGGUUAGAGUACAUUCCACUUAAACAUUUGUAGACUUUUUGCAUUUCAUAGUCAGUGAUACCAUGUGAAAAUGUUACAGUUCUGAGUUGUGUUUUAUUGACUUGUUGCUUGCUUACCUUAGGCUUUGUAACUUUCAAUAUGUUUAAGUAUAUUCAAAUAAACUGAAUACUUUGGUAUCUUAGGGAAUAUUUGCUUUAAGGAUAAUUCUCAUUGUGAUAAAAUAGAGCAUUUAAACCUCUA